AUGGUCGUCUACUACCAGAUCGCCGGCAAGAAGGUCGGCUCUCACUAUCUCGCCAUGGGUGUUCUCGGUGCCCUCUUCGGUGGUGUCAAGCUUGCCAUGGGCGGUGGCAGCCAGCCCAAGCCCGCUACUCCUCCUAUCCAGGCUUCCUCUAAGGACGAGGAGGAAUUCAUCACGUACGUUGCCAAAGACCCUAAGCAGGCAGAAUGCAUACAUAUUCCCACUCUCGAAAUGGCGGCCCUUCAAGACUAUCGGAUGCAACUUCAGCUGCUUGAGCUGCGGAAAAGCGGCGGAGGCGGCGGCUUGGACUUCCUGAAGCAGGUGAAUGGAGACGACAAGAAGAAGGAUCAUUAAAGCCGAUGUAUCCCAUGCUAGAGUUGAGGACUAGUUGAAUCUAAUGUGCCCGACGUGCAAGAUCCAGUCGAGUCGAUUAUACACCGGUGCUAGACCCAGAUGCAACGUGGCCGAGUUGGGCCAUGCCUUUGGCGCUUGAAACGUCUGACCGGGUUGACUUCUGAGGGUCAGGUGUGAAUCUGUACAUAUAGAGUAUACACCAUGCUUGCUUCAAUUGGUCUGGAGAUGUUUUGGACAGUAGAUCGGUCGUAUGAGUUGUAAAGCCGGGUAGCAAUGGCGUGCUUUAACUUCUAACAUGAAGGACAAUUCCAGGCCAAAGGCA